CCUCUUAUAGUGGCUCAUCCUGCAGAGCUGUAGCUCGUCAGCCUGAAGCUCAGUGAGGCCGAACCAGAGCGGAGAGGCAGCGGAGCCAUGGCGAGCCCCGGACAGAAAGUGGUGCUGAUCACCGGCUGCUCCUCCGGUAUCGGCCUGAGGAUGGCUGUGAUGCUGGCAAAGGACGAACAGCAGCGUUAUCACGUCGUCGCCACGAUGCGUGAUCUGAAACGUAAAGAUAAGCUGCUGGAAGCUGCCGGGGAUGCGUACGGGAAAACUCUCUCUCUGGCUGUUCUUGAUGUCUGCAGCGACGAGUCUGUCAAACUGUGUAUUAAUGGCAUCAAAGAUCGACACGUGGAUGUCCUGAUCAAUAAUGCAGGUAUCGGCCUGGUGGGUCCCGUGGAGAGCAUCCCCAUCGAAGAGAUGAAGAAAGUGUUUGAGACCAACGUCUUCGGAGUGAUCCGCAUGAUAAAGGAGGUGAUGCCCGACAUGAAGAAAAGAAGAGGAGGACACAUCAUCGUGGUCAGCAGCGUGAUGGGGCUGCAAGGUGUGGUGUUUAAUGACGUGUAUGCAGCUUCCAAGUUCGCCAUGGAGGGAUUCUGUGAGAGCUUGGCUGUGCAGCUCCUGAAGUUUAAAGUCACACUGUCGUUGAUUGAGCCGGGUCCCGUACACACAGAGUUUGAGGCAAAGAUGAUUCAGGAGGUGAAACAGAGCGAGUGUCCUGGAGCUGAUCCUGAAACGGUGCAUUACUUCAAGAACGUCUACCUUCCGUCUUCUAUCGACAUCUUUGAGUUACUGGGACAAACGCCCGAUGACGUCGCCAGAUGCACCAAGAAAGUGAUCGAGGCGAGUAGCCCACGUUUCCGUAAUCUGACCAACCCGAUGUACACCCCCAUCGUAGCGCUGAAAUACGCUGAUGAAACUGGAGGUCUGUCUGUCCAUGCCUUCUACCACAUGCUCUUCAACAUGGGCACUCUCAUGCACGUCAGCAUGACGGCAAUGAAGUACCUCACCUGCGGGUGUCUGAGGAGCAGAACCAUCUCACCAAACUAGACGCUUGACUACGAAUAAUACAAACCAUCGACUGCAUAUAAAGAUGGACGACAUGACAGCUCACCAAAAGCGAGGUCAAGUAAUCUUCAUCGCCCCCCAGUGGCUAGCUGCAGCCUAGGUCAUAAACCCUGCUUCUUCCGUGUUAGUGGAUGGGACAACAAACUAAAAAGUCAAAGUACACAUUAAAAAAACUUUCUCCAAGACGGCUACUGUAAAUUCAGGUAGUUUUUAUGACACUGAGGUUUGUUCUGAUAAGUUUGGUUUUAAUUAGUCAUUUGAUGCAAUAAAUAUGGGAUAAAAGUCAUAAUUCACAGCUGAGACUGACUCGUGAUUGGUUGAGCAUGUGUACAGGCAGGACCUCUGUACCACGGCUCCACGUCACGAUCCCUACUGCGCAGACUCUGGCUCUGAAUAGCGACAAAAUGGCGUUGACUUAUUUGUACAACAAGAGGAAGUGGAGAUGCGCCGUCCAUCUUUAGUUACAGUCUAUGAUACAAACACAAUGAGUUUGUAGACCAGAAUGAAGACAGCAUUCUACCUCAUCCUUGAUUGUCAGGGGAUCACGAAAAAUUUGUGGAAUUCUUACUGAGUAUCUGUCCAAAGUCAUGUAGCAGAAAUAAAAUUGUCACCAAGAAAGAAAAUGCCACAUUUUGUGCUGUAUAUAUGCUAUAUGUAUUGUAAUGAAUAGUCCUAUCUGUAUUCUUGUGUAUGUAUAAAACUUUAGCGAUAUCAAACCUAGCUCCAAUUUAGUUCAAAUACUAUAACAGUGUUCAAAUAUAUUCUAGCCUACCCAGAGUGCCAAAAUAAAUAUUUGCACUUAUGAUACAACAUACUGUACCCUGAUUUCAUUGUUUUAUCCCAAUCAGUCUCAGAUAACUUCACAUUUCAGACUGUUCUAAACUCAGCUUCAAUUUGUUUUAUUGUAGCCUGUGUAACUGCAUCUAUUGAGAUACUUUUGAAAUACUGUCAGUGUAUUGGAACACACUUUAUUUGGCAAUAAAAAUUUGUCAUUUAUACCA